AAAGGACCUCCUUCGCUGAACUGUGAUGCAUAACGGCGCAUACCUCAACAGUGAGCAACUGCGCCUGUUAGUCAGCGAGGAUGAUCUGGCACAAAAUGAAAUGCCGGUUUCAGAAUUCGUGAGGAUACGGUCGAAACCGACAGCUUGGCUUUGAGUAAAAAUGCAAAACAACGGAUAACCGCAGUUGAAAAAGUUGACAGAUCUUUUUCCUAUGUGUUGAAACCAAGUUAACGAACCGUCGGAUUAUCUAAAAAUGGAGUUGGAGGAAUGCAAAAUAUCCGUGUGGGUUUGCCGGGAGGAGAAGCUUGUUUCUGGGCUGUCAAGACGCACUACCUGCGCCGAUGUUGUCAGAGUGCUGCUGGAAGACCAGAACUUACAGCAGGGCGCAUCUGCAGCUAUGCUCUCCGGCUCUCCACAGUCAUAUUGCAUCGUGGAGAAAUGGAGAGGAUUUGAGAGGAUUUUGCCGAACAAAACAAAAAUCCUCCGUCUCUGGACAGCGUGGGGUGAUGAACAAGAAAAUGUGAGGUUUGUGUUGGUGAAAAAUGCGGCGUCUUUACCUAACAACGGUCCCCGGAGCGCAGAGGCGCGGGUCGUACUUAGCAAAGAGAGUCCUUGCGUGUACAAGGGAACAGCGAGGACGACGAUGGCUUUCUCCCAGGAAAAGCAGCGGCGUAUUGUCAGAAAGGCGUUCAGAAAGUUGGAUAAAAUCAAUAAGAAGAGAGAGGAAGCUUUAUCUAAGGACGCGUCUUCAGUGGAGAAAAUGGAAACUUUAGUGCACCUGGUAAUAUCGCAAGACCACACCAUCCGUCAGCAGAUUCAAAGGAUUAAAGAACUGGACCGAGACAUCGACAGGUUUGAGGCGAAGGUUCACUUUGACAGGAUGAAAAGGCAUGGGAUCAAUUACGUGCAGGACACAUACUUGGUCGAAGGGAAGCCGGAGGCUGAGUCAAAGGGGAACAGCGGCAAGCCGUGUUCCGCGGAGGCUCUGGCUCAAUUCGAGGAGUACGCCAGCAGAUGCGAGGAGGUCAUUAGACUGCAAGAGGAGCUGGCCGAGCACGAGGCGCUCAUGGACAGUAUUACAGUGGAGAUCCAGGAGGAGCUGAAUCAAAGGUGGAUGAAGCGACGGCAAGACGAGCUCUCCAGUGCAGACGCAGAGGGCAGCGUAGGGGAGCCCGCGAUCAGGGUAACGACAGCUACCCAGGUGACAGAGAAAGACGUGCCCCCUCCAGAGCUUGACAUUUCAUCGGAUAACGAGUUGCUUUUGGAGGAAGAGAGAAUCAAAACGCAGUUGGACACGAGUUUAUAUAUUGGACUUCGCUUGAACACGGAUUUAGAGGCUAUUAGAGGUGAUUUGGACACGAGCCAGGAGCUGUGGGACGCGAAAGUAAACGAGCUAAAGGUUUUGCUCGAAAAAGUGGAGUCUCUGGAUUUAGAGGAAGUUGUGAAACCGUCGGUGAAGGGCACAGAAAGCGGUUCUGCGGUAACCGAGAGUGAAAUGUUGCCUUCUUUAGAGACGAACACCGGAUGGGUGGAACAGGCUAGGGGGCUUUCAAAGAAAUGCGACACGAAUGACGAGGACUCGGACACCGGACUCAGCUCAAUGCACAGCCAGGACUCGGACAACGCACCUGUCUGCGAGUCGCUAGUAUAACUAGUUCAAAACGCUUACACAUUCACCCAAUAAACUCAGGAAAACGUGCAUUUCACAAUACUUAAACGUGUUAUUCCCUUUGCUAAAAGGACGAGAAAAAACGCCCGCAUGCGUAGCCUAAUAAGUUACAUCAAUUAAAGCAUAUCUGAACCAUGCGACGUAGUUUGCCACUAAAAUACUCACCAGUAGUCUGACAGAGUUGUUCAAUAACCGAAUAUAAAUGCGUAUCCCGUCCGUAACACCAGACAUAGUAUUGACAAGCUGGAAAAAAACAUUCAAUUAUAUGCUUAUGUGUUCCAAAUGUAUAUGCGUAAUUCGCAAUGUUAUUUAUAACAAAUGUGUAGAACUAAGGAACAAUGGACGACUGCAUUGUAAUUGCUGAGAAGAAAAACGUGUUAGAUGGAUUUUGGUUUGUAAACACAAAGGUUGUUGUGAAAUUAAAAGGAGAUUCAAAUAA